CUUCUCUCUCUCCCUCUUGGGGCCGCUUCGCCGAAGGUAGCGCCGAAUCUGGCGACCGGAGCCUGGGCGCGAAGCGAAGAAGCCAGAACAAAGUGAGGGGAAGCCGGCCGGCUGGCCCGGGGGGCCCUAAAAGGGCUGGGGAAGCGGGACUCGCGCCAGGCGGGGCUUCCCUUCGACCCGGCGCCCGGCGGGCAGCAUGCCCCUGCGGGCAGGGGGAUCUGGGCUGAACUGGCCCUCCUGGGGGCUCAGCCUGCGCCCUAGAGCCCCCCAGAUGCGCCCCCGCCGGGGCCCCCCGCUUGCGUGAGGACACCUUUUCUGAGGGGCGCCGCUAGCCCCUCUCGAAACCUCCCGGGGCCCCGGCUGGCCAGAGGAUGGACGAGGAGGAGGAUGGAGCGGGCGCCGAGGAGUCAGGACAGCCCCGGAGCUUCAUGCGGCUCAACGACCUGUCGGGGGCCAGGGACCGGCCGGGGCCGGGGUCGGCGGAGAAGGACCCCGGCAGCGCGGACUCCGAGGCGGAGGGGCUGCCAUACCCUGCACUGGCCCCGGUGGUUUUCUUCUACUUGAGCCAGGACAGCCGCCCGCGGAGCUGGUGUCUCCGCACGGUCUGUAACCCCUGGUUUGAGCGCAUCAGUAUGUUGGUCAUCCUUCUCAACUGUGUGACCCUGGGCAUGUUCCGGCCAUGUGAAGACAUUGCCUGUGAUUCCCAGCGCUGCCGGAUUCUGCAGGCCUUUGAUGACUUCAUCUUUGCCUUCUUCGCUGUGGAGAUGGUGGUGAAGAUGGUGGCCUUGGGCAUCUUUGGGAAAAAGUGUUACCUGGGAGACACCUGGAACCGGCUUGACUUUUUCAUCGUCAUUGCAGGGAUGCUGGAGUAUUCGCUGGACCUGCAGAACGUCAGCUUCUCAGCUGUCAGGACAGUCCGUGUGCUGCGACCCCUCAGGGCCAUUAACCGGGUGCCCAGCAUGCGCAUCCUCGUCACGCUGCUGCUGGACACGCUGCCCAUGCUGGGCAACGUCCUGCUGCUGUGCUUCUUCGUCUUCUUCAUCUUCGGCAUCGUUGGUGUCCAGCUGUGGGCAGGACUGCUUCGUAACCGAUGCUUCCUGCCUGAGAAUUUCAGCCUGCCCCUGAGCGUGGACUUGGAGCGCUACUACCAGACUGAGAACGAGGAUGAGAACCCGUUCAUCUGCUCCCAGCCUCGUGAAAAUGGCAUGCGCUCCUGCAGGAGUGUGCCCACGCUGCGCGGGGACGGGGGCGGCGGCCCGCCCUGCGGCCUGGACUACGAGGCCUACAACAGCUCCAGCAAUACCACCUGCGUGAACUGGAACCAGUACUACACCAACUGCUCGGCGGGGGAGCACAACCCCUUCAAGGGUGCCAUCAACUUCGACAACAUUGGCUACGCCUGGAUCGCCAUCUUCCAGGUCAUCACGCUGGAGGGCUGGGUCGACAUCAUGUACUUUGUGAUGGAUGCUCACUCCUUCUACAACUUCAUCUACUUCAUCCUUCUCAUCAUUGUGGGCUCUUUCUUCAUGAUCAACCUGUGCCUGGUGGUGAUUGCCACGCAGUUCUCAGAGACCAAGCAGAGGGAAAGCCAGCUGAUGCGGGAGCAGCGUGUGAGGUUCCUUUCCAACGCCAGCACCCUGGCCAGCUUCUCCGAGCCCGGCAGCUGCUACGAGGAGCUGCUCAAGUACCUCGUGUAUAUCCUCCGGAAAGCAGCCCGAAGGCUGGCCCAGGUCUCUCGGGCAGCGGGCGUGCGGGUUGGCCUGCUGAGCAGCCCAGCGCCCCGUGGGGGCCAGGAACCCCAGCCCAGUGGCAGCUGCCCUCGCCCCCACCGCCGUCCGUCCGUCCACCACCUGGUGCACCAUCACCACCACCAUCACCACCACUACCACUUGGGCAAUGGGACUCUGCGGGCCCCCCGGCCCAGCCCACAGAUCCAGGACAGAGAUGCCAGUGGGGCCCGCCGGCUCAUGCUGCCACCACCCUCAACACCUGCCCUUUCCAGGGGCCCUCCAGGGGGUGCAGAGGCUGUGCACAGCUUCUACCAUGCUGACUGCCACUUGGAGCCAGUCCGCUGCCAAGCACCCCCUCCCAGGUCGCCAUCGGAGGCAUCGGGCAGGACUGUGGACAGUGGGAAGGUGUACCCCACCGUGCACACCAGCCCUCCACCUGAGAUGCUCAAAGAGAAGGCACUAAUGGAGGUGGCCCCCGCCUCUGGACCCACCACCCUCACCAGCCUCAACAUCCCACCCAGGCCCUACAGCUCUAUGCACAAGCUGCUGGAGACGCAGAGUGCAGGCGCCUGCCAAAGCUCUUGCAAGAUCUCCAGCCCUUGCUUGAGGGCAGCCAGCGGAGCCUGUGGCCCAGACAGCUGUCCCUACUGUGCCCGGACCGGGGCAGGGGAGGUGGGGCUCACUGGCCACGAGAUGCCUGACUCAGACAGUGAGGCGGUUUAUGAGUUCACACAAGAUGCUCAGCAUGACGACCUCCGGGAUCCCCACAGUCGGCGUCGACGGAGCCUGGGGCUGGAUGUGGAGCCCAACUCUGUGCUGGCCUUCUGGAGGCUGAUCUGUGACACCUUCCGGAAGAUCGUGGACAGCAAGUACUUUGGUCGGGGAAUCAUGAUUGCUAUUCUGGUCAACACACUCAGCAUGGGCAUCGAAUACCACGAGCAGCCUGAGGAGCUCACCAAUGCCCUGGAAAUCAGCAACAUCGUCUUCACCAGCCUCUUUGCCCUGGAGAUGCUGCUGAAGCUGCUAGUGUAUGGUCCCUUUGGCUACAUUAAGAACCCCUACAACAUCUUUGAUGGCGUCAUUGUUGUCAUCAGUGUGUGGGAGAUCGUGGGCCAGCAGGGGGGCGGCCUGUCGGUGCUGCGGACCUUCCGCCUGAUGCGGGUGCUGAAGCUGGUGCGCUUCUUGCCGGCGCUGCAGCGGCAGCUCGUGGUGCUCAUGAAGACCAUGGACAACGUGGCCACCUUCUGCAUGCUGCUCAUGCUCUUCAUCUUCAUCUUCAGCAUCCUGGGUAUGCAUCUCUUCGGCUGCAAAUUUGCAUCUGAGCGGGAUGGGGACACGCUACCGGACCGGAAGAAUUUUGACUCCCUGCUCUGGGCCAUCGUCACUGUCUUUCAGAUCCUGACUCAGGAGGAUUGGAACAAGGUGCUCUACAACGGAAUGGCUUCCACGUCAUCCUGGGCGGCCCUUUACUUCAUCGCCCUCAUGACCUUUGGCAACUAUGUGCUCUUCAACCUGCUCGUUGCCAUUCUGGUGGAGGGCUUCCAAACAGAGGGAGAUGCCACCAAGUCGGAGUCGGAGCCUGAUUUCUUCUCGCCCAGCCUGGAUGGUGAUGGGGACAGGAAGAAGCGCUUGGCCUUGGUGUCUCUGGGAGAGCACCCAAAGCUGCGGAGGAGCUUGUUACCACCGCUCAUCAUCCACACGGCUGCCACGCCCAUGUCGUUGCCCAAAAGCUCCAGCAGUGGCCUGGCCGAGGUUCUGGGCCCUCCCUCCCGCCGCACCAGCAGCAGUGGGUCGGCUGAGCCAGGGGCACCCCACGAGAUGAAGUCACCGCCAAGUGUCCGCAGUUCCCCUCACAGUCCCUGGAGUGCAGCAAGCAGCUGGACGAGCAGGCGCUCCAGCAGGAACAGCCUGGGCCGUGCCCCCAGCCUGAAGCGGAGGAGCCCGAGUGGGGAGCGGAGGUCCUUGUUGUCGGGUGAGGGCCGGGAGAGCCAGGAUGAGGAGGAGAGCUCGGAAGAGGAGCGCACGAGUCCAGCGGGCAGUGACCGCCGCCACAGGGGCUCCCUGGAGAGGGAAGCUAAGAGCUCCUUUGACCUGCCGGACACACUGCAGGUUCCCGGGCUGUACCGCACAGCCAGUGGCCGCGGCUCAGCCUCCGAGCACCAGGACUGCAACGGCAAUUCGGCCCUGGGACGCCUGACUCAGGCUCUGCGGCCCGAUGACCCCCCACUGGAUGGAGACGAUGGUGAUGACGAGGGCAACCUGAGCAAAACAGAACGGAUGAGGGCGUGGGUCCGAACCCGGCUCCCUGCCUGCUGCCUGGAGCGAGACUCUUGGUCUGCCUACAUCUUCCCUCCUCAGUCAAGGUUCCGCCUCCUGUGUCACCGAAUCAUCACCCACAAGAUGUUCGACCACGUGGUCCUCGUCAUCAUCUUCCUGAACUGCAUCACCAUCGCCAUGGAGCGCCCCAAGAUCGACCCCCACAGCGCUGAACGAAUUUUCCUGACCCUCUCCAAUUAUAUCUUCACCGCAGUCUUUCUGGCUGAGAUGACAGUGAAGGUGGUGGCGCUGGGCUGGUGCUUUGGGGAGCAGGCCUACCUGCGUAGCAGCUGGAACGUGCUGGACGGGCUGCUGGUGCUCAUCUCCAUCAUCGACAUCCUGGUGUCCAUGGUCUCCGACAGCGGCACCAAGAUCCUGGGCAUGCUGAGGGUGCUGCGGCUGCUGCGGACCCUGCGCCCGCUCAGGGUAAUCAGCCGGGCACAGGGGCUGAAGCUGGUGGUGGAAACGCUGAUGUCCUCGCUGAAGCCCAUUGGCAACAUUGUGGUCAUCUGUUGUGCCUUCUUCAUCAUAUUUGGCAUCCUGGGGGUGCAGCUCUUCAAAGGGAAGUUCUUCGUGUGCCAGGGCGAGGACACCAGGAACAUCACUAACAAGUCUGACUGUGCUGAAGCCAGUUACCGGUGGGUCCGGCAUAAAUACAACUUUGACAACCUCGGCCAGGCCCUAAUGUCCCUGUUCGUGCUGGCCUCUAAGGAUGGCUGGGUGGAUAUCAUGUAUGAUGGGCUGGAUGCUGUCGGUGUGGACCAGCAGCCCAUCAUGAACCACAACCCCUGGAUGCUGCUAUACUUCAUCUCGUUCCUGCUCAUUGUGGCCUUCUUUGUCCUGAACAUGUUCGUUGGUGUGGUGGUGGAGAACUUCCACAAGUGUCGGCAGCACCAGGAGGAAGAGGAGGCCCGGCGGCGGGAGGAGAAGCGUCUACGGAGACUGGAGAAAAAGAGAAGGAGUAAGGAGAAGCAGAUGGCUGAAGCCCAGUGCAAACCAUACUACUCAGACUACUCCCGCUUCCGGCUCCUUGUCCACCACCUGUGUACCAGCCACUACCUGGACCUCUUCAUCACGGGUGUCAUUGGGCUGAACGUGGUCACUAUGGCCAUGGAGCACUACCAGCAGCCCCAGAUCCUGGAUGAGGCUCUGAAGAUCUGCAACUAUAUCUUCACUGUCAUCUUUGUCUUGGAGUCAGUUUUCAAACUGGUGGCCUUUGGCUUUCGACGGUUCUUCCAGGACAGGUGGAACCAACUGGACCUGGCCAUUGUGCUGCUGUCUAUCAUGGGCAUCACACUGGAGGAGAUUGAGGUCAAUGCCUCGCUGCCCAUCAACCCCACCAUCAUCCGCAUCAUGAGGGUGCUGCGUAUUGCCCGAGUGCUAAAGCUACUGAAGAUGGCUGUGGGCAUGCGGGCACUGCUGGACACAGUGAUGCAGGCCCUGCCCCAGGUGGGGAACUUGGGACUUCUCUUCAUGUUGUUGUUUUUCAUCUUUGCAGCUCUGGGCGUGGAGCUCUUUGGAGACCUGGAGUGUGAUGAGACACACCCCUGCGAGGGCCUGGGCCGGCAUGCCACCUUUCGGAACUUUGGCAUGGCCUUCUUGACCCUCUUCCGAGUCUCCACAGGUGACAACUGGAAUGGCAUCAUGAAGGACACCCUCCGGGACUGCGACCAGGAGUCCACCUGCUACAACACGGUCAUCUCCCCCAUCUACUUCGUGUCCUUCGUGCUGACAGCCCAGUUUGUGCUGGUCAACGUGGUCAUUGCCGUGCUGAUGAAGCAUCUGGAGGAGAGCAACAAGGAGGCCAAGGAGGAGGCUGAGCUGGAGGCUGAACUGGAGCUAGAGAUGAAGACACUCAGCCCGCAAGCCCCCUCACCACUGGGCAGCCCCUUUCUCUGGCCUGGGGCCGAGGGCCCCGACAGCCCUGGCAGCCCCAAACCCGGGGCCCCACAUGCCACACCCCACACUGGAGCGGCCUCCCACUUCUCCCUGGAGCACCCCAUGGACAGACCGCUGUUUGACACCAUAUCCCUGCUGAUCCAGGGCUCCCUGGAUGGGGAGCUGAAGCUGAUGGACGAGCUGGCAGGCCCAGGGGGCCAGCCCUCUGCCUUCCCUCCUGCCCGCAGCCCAGGCGGCUCCGACCCACAGAUCCCUCUAGCUGAGAUGGAGGCUCUGUCUUUGACGUCAGAGAUUGUGUCUGAACUGUCCUGCUCUCUAGCUCUGACGGAUGACUGUUUGCCUGAUGACACUCACACACUCUUACUUAGUGCCCUGGAGAGCAAUAUGGAGUCCCACCCUGAGGAGGUGCCUGUCAUGCUGGGACCAGAUCUGCUGACUGUGCGGAAGUCUGGGGUCAGCCGAACGCACUCUCUGCCCAAUGACAGCUACAUGUGCCGGGAUGGGAGCACUGCCGAGGGGUCCCUGGGACACAGGGGCUGGGGGCUCCCCAGAGCUCAGUCAGGCUCCAUCUUGUCCGUCCACUCCCAGCCAGCAGACACCAGCUACAUCCCGCAGCUUCCCAAAGAUGCACCCCAUCUGCUCCAGCCCCAUAGUGCUCCCACCUGGGGCACCAUCCCCAAAUUGCCCCCACCAGGCCGCUCCCCUUUGGCUCAGAGGCCACUCAGGCGCCAGGCAGCAAUAAGGACGGAUUCCCUGGACAUUCAGGGCCUGGGCAGCAGGGAAGACCUGCUGUCAGAGGUGAGUGGGCCCUCCCCGCCGCUGGCCCGGGCAGCCUCCUUUUGGGGCCGCUCCAGCACCCAGGCUCAGCAGCAUUCCCGCAGCCAGAGCAAGAUCUUGAAGCACAUGCCCCCGUCAGUCCCCCGCCCAGGCCCAGAACCCACGUGGGGGAAGGGCCCACCAGAGACCAGAAGCAGCUUAGAACUGGACACGGAGCUGAGCUGGAUUUCAGGAGACCUCCUGCCCACGGACAGCCAGGAGGAAGCCCCGUCCCCACGGGACCUGAAGAAGUGCUACAGCGUGGAGGCCCAGAGCUGCCCGCGCCGGCCUGCGUCCUGGCUGGAUGAACAGAGGAGGCACUCCAUCGCAGUCAGCUGCCUGGACAGUGGCUCCCAACCCCACCUGGGCCCCGAUCCCUCCAGCCUUGGAGGUCAGCCUCUAGGGGGAGCUGGGAGCCGGCCCAAGAAGAAACUCAGCCCACCCAGUAUCUCCAUAGACCCCCCAGAGAGCCAGAGCCAGGGCCCUCGGCCCCCACCCAGCCCCGGUGUCUGCCUCCGCCGGAGGGCUCCGUCCAGCGACUCCAAGGAUCCCUUGGCCUCCGGCUCUCCCGACAGCAUGGCUGCCUUGCCCUCCCCAAAGAAAGACGUGCUGAGUCUCUCCGGUUUAUCCUCUGACCCAGCAGACCUGGACCCCUGAGUCCUGCCCCACUCUCCCACUCACCUCUCUCCACUGGGUGCCAAAUCCUAGCUCCUCCUCCUGGGCUGUAUUCCUGAAAGGUUCCACAUGGGCACCGAGGAGGUGCUCCUCCUUGCCUCAGUGGCGCUGGGCACCGGCAAGCAGAAUUUCUAGAGUUAACAGCAGCAGCCCCGGCUCUGGACAGCCCUGGCCACCUUGGCUCCAAGCGGAGAGAGAGGCCCAGCAGAGCUGAGGUUCCCGACACCAGGAGCUGUUGGGAGAAAGCAAUACGUUUGUGCAGAAUCUCUAUGUAUAUUCUAUUUUAUUAAAUUAAUUGAAUCUAGUAUUUGCGGGAUGUACGACAUUUUGUGACUGAAGAGAUUUGUUUCCUUCUGCUUUUAUGUGUCUCAGAAUAUUUUUGAGGCGAAGGCGUCUGUCUCUUGGCUAUUUUAACCUAAAAUAACUAGUCUAGUUAUGUUCCCUCUUCUUGCAAAGCACAAGCUGGGAUUGAGAGUGCAUUACAGCCUUGAUGGGGGCCCAUCCUCAGUGGAGAGCAAGAACCAUUUUGGAAACUGUAAUGUAACUUAUUUUUUUCCUUUAAUCUUGUCAUCAUUUUCUGUAGGGAAAAAAAAAGAAAAAAAAAGAUUUUACAAAUGAAAUGGAACCUUUUUAUAUAUACAUACAUACAUAUCUAUAUCUAUAAUAAAGUAAUUUUCAAAAA